AUGGUUGAGUCCGAGCCAAAGGUCCCACUAAGCGCUUCCAUGCCUAAGGGAUACGGUUUCCUACCCAAGGGGGAUCCAUACCGCACCGGUCUGUGUCGCCGGUUGACCCAGGCGGCUGGGAAGCAAGUGUACGUCGUUGUCGAUAAGAGACGGACAGCGGUCGGCAUCAGGGCGCCCAAGUACAUAAUCAACGAGGUGCACGAAAAGGACCGCGCGACGAGAGAGGAUCGUCGCGUGGCUGUACAGAAGCGAGAUGUUGCAACACGGUCGGAUUUCGAGGUUGCAAUUCUACGCCUGUUUCCCAGAAUCCCGCUACAGGAUCUUGAAAAGGUCCUGGACCGGGCGCUUAAGAAGCGGAGUGGGAGAGUUGGGCGGACGGGGAAGUUGACAAUCGAUUCCAAGGCUCGACUCGCUGUGAUUGCGCAUAUCAGGCACAACCAUACAGAGUAUGACAGUCUUCUCAAACAGAAGAGAAAGUCACGAGGAUCAGCGAGAGACGACAUUGCUCCCAAGCUUAAACAACUUUGUGCCGAAUGGAGGGAAGGCGAUAAGAGUGAUGCUGCUCACACCAACCAGGCAUCUGUAUUAGCAACGCGAGGACCACGGGGUCGAACCAACCAAGAUAAUGCAAGGAUUUCACGUCGAGCUCGAAGGUCUGCCGCUGACAUCCCCGAGGGAGAGCAUUCAGAGGCACAAUACGCCACAAAUCCAAAAACAUGCACACACGACAACAACGGCCACACCGCCCCCAGAAAUCCUCCACGUCCACGGGGCCAGAAUAGGAGACGUAAUGGGAAGAAGGAGACAGUGCCCUCGAAACCCGUGCUCGGGACCAAAACAAGGCAGGAAACAAGGCAGACCCGAAACACCCGGAAUCUCGACAAGGCUAAGCUCCUAGGUCCUGAUGCUCUGAUCAUGAUUUCUAGUGAUGAAAGUGAUCCGGAAGACCCUAAGGCUGAUACCGACCCAGGAGGAGAAUCCGACAAUUCGUUUAUCGUCGGUGAUCAUUCCGACCAUUACAUGGAUGAGGACUGGGAAAUAGAGCUGGAUUCAGAUUCAGAUUCGGAUUCAGAUGAAGAUAUGGAAGACAUUGAGUAA